UGACAAUUUCAGAGUCAACAAAAUGAAAAGGAAAGACAAAAUACUGAUUCUGAAGUAUAUGUUCAGCAUCUUCAAUGGCACUUUCUUGAUUCUAGGACUUUUGUUCACUGGAUUUGGAUUAUGGCUUCUAUUAGAUAGAGGCAAUUUUGUCAACAUUCUGUUUUCCACAGGUAAGCAUAGCUAUUUGAUAGCAAAGACUUCUCGAGUACUGAUUGGCACUGGAUCUGCCAUAGUUCUUGCCGCUUUCCUGGGUUACUUGGCUAUCCUCAAAGAAAUAAAAUGUUUUGUCAUUUUGUAUGUGAUGCUUAUAAUUCUAGCCUGUGGGCUGCAGAUUGGAUUGUCUGGACUCAUCUUCAUCAAAAAAGAAGAGAUUAAACAUAUAAUGCACGAUUCAUUUGAUUCCAUGAUCAUUGAAUAUGGAUCUAAAGAUUUGCCUCAAGACAGAUUCAAGUGGGAUAUUCUGAAUAUGGUGCAGAAAACUUUUACAUGCUGUGGCAGAAGCAGUUCUAGGGAUUGGCAAAAGAAUAAAAACAAAGAGAGUGCAGAUCAAAUUCCAUGUUCAUGCAUGAAGCGGAGAGAAAACACUACUGAAAGAAAAUGGUUUUGUGAUGCCUUAAAGAAUGCAGCUCACACAAAGGGAUGUGAAGAGGAUAUCAAUACAUGGUUUGAAUACAACAUUUUAACCUUGAUUGGAAUUAAUUUUGGACUACUAGCUUCAGAGAUUUUUCAGCUUGUAUUAUCUUUGAGCUUCUUCCGGAAUAUCAAAAAUAAAAUUUAUGCAGAAAAAGCUAUGGCCCCAUGAAAAAAUUGCAUAUAAAGAACUAAGCACUGGAGUUUGAAAUCAAUUGGCAGUCUUGUUUUA